CGGUAGCUCUCUUGAGUCACCCCCGCGUAGCCUUGGAGCGGCGUGCGAGGCGGCCGGCCCCGACCCACCUUGGUCUCUCUGGUACUUGCAGACCUUUUCUUCCAAGAUGCCUGAGGAAGUGCACCAUGGAGAGGAGGAGGUGGAGACUUUUGCCUUUCAGGCAGAAAUUGCCCAGCUCAUGUCUCUCAUCAUUAACACCUUCUAUUCGAACAAGGAGAUUUUCCUUCGGGAAUUGAUCUCUAAUGCUUCUGAUGCCUUGGACAAAAUUCGUUAUGAGAGCCUGACAGACCCUUCCAAGUUGGACAGCGGUAAAGAGUUGAAAAUUGACAUCAUCCCCAACCCUCAGGAACGCACUCUGACAUUGGUGGACACAGGCAUUGGCAUGACCAAGGCUGAUCUCAUAAAUAAUUUGGGAACCAUUGCCAAGUCUGGUACUAAAGCAUUUAUGGAGGCUCUGCAGGCUGGUGCAGAUAUCUCCAUGAUUGGGCAGUUUGGCGUCGGCUUUUAUUCUGCCUACCUGGUGGCUGAGAAAGUGGUUGUGAUCACAAAGCACAACGAUGAUGAACAGUAUGCCUGGGAAUCUUCUGCUGGGGGUUCCUUCACUGUACGUGCUGACCAUGGUGAGCCCAUUGGCAGGGGUACCAAAGUGAUCCUCCACCUUAAAGAAGACCAGACAGAGUACUUAGAGGAGAGGCGGGUCAAAGAAGUAGUGAAGAAGCACUCACAGUUCAUAGGCUAUCCCAUCACCCUUUAUUUGGAGAAGGAACGAGAGAAGGAAAUCAGUGAUGAUGAAGCAGAAGAGGAGAAAGGUGAAAAAGAAGAGGAAGAUAAAGAUGAUGAAGAGAAGCCCAAGAUUGAAGAUGUGGGCUCAGAUGAGGAGGAUGAUGGCAGUAAGGAUAAGAAAAAGAAAACUAAGAAGAUUAAGGAGAAAUACAUUGAUCAGGAAGAGCUAAACAAGACCAAGCCCAUUUGGACCAGAAACCCUGACGACAUCACCCAGGAGGAGUAUGGAGAAUUUUACAAGAGCCUCACUAAUGACUGGGAAGACCACUUAGCAGUCAAGCACUUCUCUGUAGAAGGUCAGUUGGAAUUCAGGGCAUUGCUGUUCAUCCCUCGUCGGGCACCCUUUGACCUCUUUGAGAACAAGAAGAAAAAGAACAACAUCAAACUCUACGUCCGUCGUGUAUUCAUCAUGGACAGCUGUGAUGAGUUGAUACCAGAGUAUCUCAACUUUAUCCGUGGUGUGGUUGACUCGGAGGAUCUUCCUCUGAACAUCUCCCGAGAAAUGCUUCAGCAGAGCAAAAUCUUAAUCAUUCGCAAAACAUUGUUAAAAGUGCUUGAGCUCUUCUCUGAGUUGGCAGAAGACAAGGAAAACUACAAGAAUUUCUAUAGGCAUUCUAAGAACUGAAGACUUGGAAUACAUGAGGACUUACUACGGCGACGCCUGUCUGAGCUGCUGCGCUAUCAUACCGUCCCAAUCUGGAGAUGAAUGACUUCUCUGUCAGUAGUCUCUCGAAUGAAGGAAACACAGAAGUCAUCUAUAUAUCACUGGCGAGAGCAAAGAGAGUGCCAAUUCUGCUUUGUGGAGCGAGUGGCGGAACGGGGCUUUGAGUGGUAUAUAAUGACUGGACCCAUUGAUGAUACUGCGGCAGCAGCUCAGGAGUUUGAUGGGAAGAGCCUGGUCUCAGUUACCAAGGAGGGCCUGGAGCUACCUGAAGAUGAAGAGAAGAAGAAGAUGGAGGAGAGCAAGGCAAAGUUUGAGAACCUCUGCAAGCUCAUGAAAGAUCUUGAUAAGAAGGUUGAGAAGGUGACAAUCUCCAAUAGGCUUGUGUCUUCACCCUGCUGCAUUGUGACCAGUACCUACGGCUGGACAGCCAACAUGGAGCGGAUCAUGAAAGCCCAGGCGCUUCGGGACAACUCUACAAUGGGCUACAUGAUGGCCAAAAAACACCUGGAGAUAAACCCCGACCACCCCAUUGUGGAAACACUUCGACAGAAGGCUGAGGCAGACAAAAACGACAAGGCUGUCAAGGACCUGGUGGUGCUGCUAUUUGAAACCGCGCUGCUCUCCUCUGGCUUCUCCCUUGAGGAUCCACAGACCCACUCCAACCGCAUCUACCGCAUGAUCAAGCUAGGCCUAGGCAUUGAUGAAGAUGAAGUGACGGCAGAGGAACCCAGUGCUGCUGUUCCCGAUGAGAUCCCACCCCUUGAGGGUGAUGAAGAUGCAUCUCGCAUGGAAGAAGUAGAUUAGGAGUUUAUACUUGGAAACCUUGUGCCCUCUGUAUAGUGUCCCUUUGGUCCCCACAGCCUGGAGUGGCCCUGUCCCACUUGGCGUCCUCUGGUGAUGUCUAGUUUUUUCUUUUCUCUCCUGUCCUUGUGUCUAAGGCAGGAAAUAAGGCCCUCAAAGCCCCAUUCCCUUCCUAAUUUGACAAGGGGAUUGAACGUUGUGCAUUGUGUUUUUGUUUAUUUUGUUCUGAGAUUAAAGUAUGCGGAAUAAAGAAAAUGCAGUUUUAUACAGUCA